AAUAUUCUAGAUUGUUAAAUGUGGUACUUUUUUGAGGUAUAUUUCAGGCCGGUUUAAGAAUUAAGCAGCCUAAACUAAGAUUCUAGAUAAAAAAAACCAAUCAAUCAAUUUCAAUUAAAAAAACAUAGAUCCUAACCAAUUUGUCUAGUUGCUCCAUGCUCUGAAAGCGAAGUUUCUAUCUUAAUUUCAAAACAAUAGUAGUCAUUAACUUGGAAAAGUGUAAUACUUAGAAUAAAAUAACAAAAUCAAAUAAUGUGUUCCUUUCUAGAAUUGACGACUUUCUUCAUUUCAGAUGAACAUUUGACAUUAUCCUUUUCCCGUUUCCAUUCCUCUCAGCCCCCAAAUUUGACAACUUCUCUUCAUAUCUCUCUCCAUUAUAUUUCUUCAUCAUUUCUCAUUUUUGUUAAAAAAAACAAAAACUUGUUACAGAGAGUUUUGAUCAUUGAUAUUCGAUGGGACAACAGUCUUUGAUUUACAGUUUCGUUGCUCGUGGCACGUUGAUCAUAGCAGAACACAGUGACUUCACAGGAAACUUCACCACCAUAGCUUUGCAGUGUCUUCAAAAACUCCCUGCUUCUAACAACAGGUUCACUUACAAUUGCGACGGUCACACCUUCAACUUCCUCGUCGAUAAUGGAUUCAGUUACUGUGUUGUGGCCGUGGAGUCUGUUGGUAGACAAAUUCCAAUAGCUUUUCUUGAACGUAUUAAGGAUGAUUUUAACAAAAGAUAUGGUGGAGGAAGAGCUGCAACAGCAACUGCUAAAAGUCUUAACAAAGAAUUCGGCCCAAAGUUGAAGGAGCAUAUGCAAUAUUGUGUGGAUCAUCAGGAAGAAGUUAGCAAACUUGCUAAAGUCAAAGCUCAAGUUUCUGAAGUCAAAGGAGUUAUGAUGGAAAAUAUUGACAAGGUUAUUGAUCGGGGAGAGAAGAUUGAAGUUUUGGUGGAUAAGACGGAAAACCUUCAUUCUCAGGCACAAGAUUUUAGGCAUCAUGGAACCCAAUUGAGGAGAAAGAUGUGGUAUCAGAACAUGAAGAUCAAGCUCAUAGUUCUUGCUAUCAUAAUUGCAUUGAUUCUAAUUAUUGUUCUUUCUGUGUGCCAUGGCUUCAGUUGUUAAAUAUUGUCACUACAUUUUGAGUUGUUAAAUAUUCUGAUUAUUGAAACUUUUUGAUUUGUAUAUUAGACAUUGAAUGUCUUCAUGUAAAAACAGUUAGGAAGGGAAAUGAAUAAGGUUUGGUAGGAUGUUUUUCACUUCUUUUGUUUCUCUAUAAACUUGAUUAUUUCAUUUAUGGAAUUGUAUAUCAUUUUGAAUACUAUCAUUUGCAAGUCACCUUAGCUUCUUAUAACUAAA